CUGUUACUGUGUGUGGUUUUGGUUUGUGUGUGCCCUGGGGUAAGCAGCAUUAUUCUUGCAGGGACACCAAGAAGUUCUCUUCCAUUGACCCAGAUCAUUGAUCAAGCUUGUCAAGAGGCAGAAGCUUACAAGGAUGCUGGAGUUGAUGGCUUGAUAGUAGAAAACAUGCAUGAUCUUCCUUACACGGUGUGUCCUGGGCCUGAAGUAACUGCAGCGAUGACAGUCAUUAGUGCUGCAGUGAGACGAACCUGCCCCCAUCUCGCGCUGGGUGUCCAGAUCCUGUGUGCUGCAAAUCAACAGGCGAUAGCAGUUGCUCUUGCUGCAGGUCUUAAUUUUAUCCGGGCUGAAGGGUUUGUAUUUUCUCAUGUUGCUGAUGAAGGGAUUAUAAAUGCCUGUGCCGGUGACCUGCUACGAUACAGAAAACAAGUUGGAGCAGAGAACAUUCAGAUUUUUGCUGAUAUUAAAAAGAAACAUAGUGCUCACGCCCUGACGGCAGAUGUCAGCGUGGCCGAGACCGCUUCGGCUGCCGAGCUCUUCCUGGCUGAUGGGCUCGUACUGACUGGCACCGCUACUGGAUUGCCCGCAGAUCCUCAGGAGCUGAAAGAGGUUAAACAUGCUGUGAAGAUUCCUGUGCUGAUUGGGUCUGGAGUGACUCUGGAGAAUGUGAGGAAAUACUUGGAUGCAAAUGCUCUAAUAAUUGGUUCGUAUUUCAAGAAAGAAGGUUAUUGGGCAAAUGAUGUUGAUCCUGACCGAGUAAAGAAAUUUAUGGAGCACAUAAGUAAACUGAGAGAAUGAGUUUGUCAGCAAACACUUUUUUUUUUUUUGCAUCUGUGUGUUUGUAAGUGCAGUAUGAUACAUUGUAUGGAAUCAAAGCAGAAAUCUGUGCUUGAAUGGCUGAUAACAUUAAAUGAAAAUGCACAUAAUCUUCGUAACUAGCUGGGAAGCGUGGUGACACUUUACAGUAAACUGGUACUCUGAUGUUUGUUUCUAGGCAGCACAUUUCUGUGGCACUCAAAGCCAUCAUCAAUGCAAAACCAACUCUCUGAAGGCUUGUGUAAUGUAUUCUCUCCUAUAAGUAAAAUGGUUAUGGAGUUUAAGAGUUUGUAGUAAAUAUUCUUCACAGGUGAGCUGAGGUUUGUUUUGCAUGUGAGUAGAACACGAUGCCCUAAGUUUACAGCUAAGAGUAUUGUAAAUUGGACAAGUUAAUUAGCCUUUCAGUUUCCCCAUCUGUAAAAUGAUGAUAAUAGUACCUACAUCACAUAAGGAUUGUAAGACAUAAUAAAUGAAUGAAUGUACAGCACUUCCAUCUCCUCAAAUGAAGGGCUCUGUUAAAGUUGAAGAUCAUUAUUUUUUCAUUACAAUUAUGCAUUUAUUACAAAAAUGUAGUAAUUGUGUACCAUACAAAAAUUUAAGAUAAUUGGGAAAUUGAUUUACUUAAAAUACUUAUUAGAGAAUAAAUGUAAAUACUUAAUUACA